AUGCUCUUAGCUAUUUGACCGAUCAUCGUCUAUCGAUAUAUCCAACAAAGAAGCUGCUAGAGACUUUGAGAGAUGGCCAUGGAGGGAAGAGGGAUGGAGAAGGAGAAAGAUAUCGACGAUUUGCCCAAAAAUGAAGCAAACUACACAGCACUAACGCCUCUUUGGUUUUUGAAGAGAGCUGCUCUGGUUCAUCCCCACCGUAGAUCGGUGGUUCACGGCUCACUUUACUACACAUGGCUACAGACUUACCACCGUUGCUGCCGUUUAGCCUCCUCGCUUUCCAAACACUCCGUCGGAUUUGGUUCAACGGUGGCCGUGAUCGCACCAAACAUCCCAGCCAUGUACGAAGCCCAUUUUGGAGUUCCAAUGAGCGGAGCAGUCAUAAAUGCAGUGAACAUUCGUCUAAAUGCUCCCACCAUUGCCUUCCUGUUAGAGCACUCAGCAUCUGCAGUCAUAAUGGUUGAUCAAGAGUAUUUCAAACUGGCCGAAGAAGCUUUGAAGAUUCUGAAAGAAAAAAUUCAAAGCAAUUUCAAGCCACCGCUUCUAAUUGUUAUUCGGGAUGAAAGCAGUGAGUGUGAUCCGAAGAAUCUCCAAUAUGCUCUAGGAAAAGGGGCGGUUGAAUAUGAGAAGUUUCUUGAAUUUGGUGACCCCAAAUUCGUAUGGAAACCACCACAAGAUGAGUGGCAUAGUAUUGCUUUGGGUUAUACUUCAGGCACAACAUCGAGCCCUAAAGGGGUCGUGUUGCAUCAUCGUGGUGCUUAUCUUACGGCUACAAGUAACACUGUGGUGUGGGAUAUACGUGAAGGAGCUGUAUACCUGUGGAGUUUGCCUAUGUUUCAUUGCAAUGGUUGGUGUUUCACUUGGACUCUUGCUGCUAUUUGUGGGACAAGCGUUUGCCUCCGACAGGUGACAGCCAAAGGUGUUUACUCGGCUAUCGCCAAUCUUGGUGUCACCCAUUUCUGUGCCGCUCCGGUGGUCCUCAACACGAUAGUAAACGCCCCAUCUAAAGAUACCAUCCUCCCACUGCCUCGCCUUGUCCACGUCAUGACAGCCGGAGCCGCCCCACCUCCUUCCGUCCUCUUCAAAAUGUCCCAAAAUGGGUUUCGUGUGACACACACCUAUGGCCUCUCAGAAACUUAUGGUCCAUCAACUAUAUGUGCGUGGAAGCCCGAAUGGGACCACCUCCCUGCUGAAACACAAGCCAAACUAAACUCACGCCAAGGAGUCCCAUACACCGCCCUCGAAGGCCUUGAAGUCGUCGAUACCCAAACGAUGGUACCGGUUCCGGCCAAUGGAACCACGGUCGGCGAAAUCGUGUUUCGUGGAAACAUGGUGAUGAAAGGCUACUUAAAGAAUCCUAAAGCAAACUCCGAGGCUUUCGCAAAUGGAUGGUUCCACUCAGGCGACCUUGCCGUGAAGCACCCUGAUGGUUAUAUCGAGAUCAAAGAUCGAUCCAAGGACAUUAUUAUCUCUGGUGGCGAGAACAUCAGUAGUGUUGAGGUUGAGAAUACUUUAUAUCAGCAUCCGAUGAUCAGUGAAGCAUCAGUGGUGGCAAGACCUGACAAGAAAUGGGGUGAAUCGCCAUGUGCAUUCGUGACCUUAAAAGAAGGGGUUCCGAAACGGGAUGAAAGUAAAAUUGCGGAGGAUAUAAUGAAGUUUUGUCGUGCGAAAAUGCCGGCAUAUUGGGUGCCGAGAUCAGUAGUUUUUGGUCCGUUGCCGAAGACCGCUACAGGAAAGGUUCAGAAACACUUGUUAAGGACUAAAGCGAAGGAAAUGGGGCCUGUUAAUUCGAGCAAGUUAUGAACAAAAUAAGGCAUGCCACAUUUUGUGGAAUAAAAAAUCUGCUUUACGACCGUCCGACCAAUGAAAUUAAGACAUUAUCAAAAUUAUAAAUUAUUUUAGAUUUAUUAUAAUUGAAGUUGACAUUCACUCUUAUAUAAAGUAUGAUUGGGAGGCUAAUGUUCGAUCAUCGCAUCACAAAGAGUCCGAUGUCUUAUGGGUUCGUAUUAUAUCGUAUUUGUGUGUUUUUCUAGAUUACAAUUGGCUCAGUUUUAGUUGGAAUUAUUAGAUUUCAGACGAACAUUUGGAAUCUUUGAUUUGUUUGGUUUGAACGUGAUGGGUUUGGAUUUUGAUUAGAAUCUUUGAU